AUGGCGAAAAUGACCAUAAGUAAACCUAAAAGUAGUAGUAGUAGUAGUAGUCCUUACGCCCUCAUGAAGGACUCUGCUGCGCGUCCCAACAUCCUCGCUAGCUGCUACCGCGUCGAUGUCUCCUCCGCCGGGCAGAGUGGUGUUCCUGAGGUCAGCUCGGGUAUACCAUCUCCUCCAGCAAGUCCCCCACUUGCCGCAUGCAAUGCCAGCUACGAACAGGCUGGCAUUAAAGGCCACGCGCGCAAAGUGGGGGCUGCGCACACUAUCACGGAAGAGAGUGAGAGACUCUUCUGCGGGACUCUGCAGGCUGUUUUUCUUGGUGAGAGGGAACAGUCUGCCGACUCGCUGGUGGUAGGUGCGCAUACAAAUGUGGCCAAGACCAAUCGCCAUGAGAGAAGCAUAACAAGUUGGGUCGAAGUCUGGGAUUAUGCUGGGGGGACCCGGUUCCGAGGCUUUGUCGCCGGCGAGAUCCAUAGAAGCCUUUUUGUCUUCUUCGAUGCUGAUGCCAUUGGUAAAGACCUGAAACAGGGUAUGAUGGCUCUCAUUGAGCUUGCAGCAACGCCAUCCUUUGAUUGCUCUAAUUUGAUAAUUUGCCUGGAUCGGCAAAUUGAUCGAACGGAAUUGCAGGCGCUGAUAAGAGAUCUUGGUUGGGUGGGAUUCGAGUUGACCACCCUCGAUCGUUGGGCAGGGUGUCCUGACGUAACAAGUCAGCGAUGGCUAUUGCUUGAGAUGGAAGUAUGAGAAAUCUGCUUUUGAUGGCUCGGGAAGAUCUCCUAAUCGAAUAUUAAUUCGUUCUGUUCACCUUACGGCUCUUCAAAUGUUUUAUUCGAUUCUUCGCCAUUAAUUCAGCUGCGGCUGUCAUUAUUACACAUGAUAAUUUUUUCAUCUGUUCGCUGCACAAAUAAUUUACCUAGCUUUCCAUACAAAGUGUAUAUCAAAAAGCGAGCAAAUACAAUCGGAAAUAUUUUGAAUGCAGG